GAGUGGGCUUCGGCGUACCAGAGCACCCAUUCCUUGGCCGUUACAGAAUACUUUUGUGAGAAUGUGGAAGGAACGGUUCCGUCCGAUAUCCGAGGAGACUUUUUUAAGGCGGGACCGGGAAAUAUGGAACGAGGUGGUAAAAGAUACAGGCAUGUUCUGGAUGGGGACGGUUUCGUUGCGAUGUUUCGCUUUCGCGACGGAUUGGUCUCGUAUACAGGCCGCUUUGUCGAGACGGAAUACUACCGCGAAGAAGAGGCAGCGGACAGUAUCCUAUAUCGCAACGUGUUUGGUACGGAGCGCUGUGGUGCCUUUUUGACAAAAGCCUUCGACCUAGCCAUUAAAAAUUGCGCCAACACCAACAUCCUGAAGUGGGGCGACCGUCUUUUCGCACUGUGGGAGGGCGGCCGUCCAUACGAACUGGACCCUAACACGCUCGAAACGCUUUCCCAGAAAAAAUGCGGCCCAUUCAGAGAGCUUGGCGACCAAUUU